UUUUGGGACUUUUUUUGGGGUUCUUUUCUUUUUUUUGUUUUCCUGUUCUUUUUUAAUACGUGGAUGGUUUUGAUGAAGCUUUCUGCAAUUUUGGCCACUUCUUCUCGGACACCGUGGAUUUACUACCGGCUUCAGGAGCGGAGAGUUACGCGCGGCGAGUCCCAGUCGACGACGACGACCCGACGGCGGAUUUACGCGUAGCGUAAAGUUGCAGGAAAAACAUGGAGACCGUAAAUCGGCAGGGCUUCCAGCCUCAUCCGGGACUGCAACAAACUCUCAAGCAGUUCCACCUCAGCUCCAUGAGCUCUCUCGGCGGGCCGGCGGCGUUCUCUGCCCGGUGGCAACAUGAGCUCCUCUUCAAGAAGGAGGGCAAAGAGCCGGAGCCGGUGGUCCUGCAGCAUCUGCCGCCGCAGGUGAUGCCGGGCCCGCUGUUCAUCCCGUCGGACCGCUCCACGGAGAGGUGCGAGACGAUCCUGGAGGGCGAGACCAUCUCGUGCUUCGUGGUCGGCGGGGAGAAGCGCCUGUGCCUGCCGCAGAUCCUCAACACGGUGCUGCGGGACUUCUCCCUCCAGCAGAUCAACUCCGUGUGCGACGACCUGCACAUCUACUGCUCGCGCUGCACCGCGGACCAGCUGGAGAUCCUCAAAGUCAUGGGCAUCCUGCCGUUCUCCGCGCCGUCCUGCGGCCUCAUCACCAAGACGGACGCGGAGCGGCUGUGCAACGCCCUGAUCUACGGAGGCGCGUACCCGCCGCGCUGCAAGAAGGAGCCGGGGAGCAGCGGCGGCGCCUCCUCCCUCUCCCUCUCCUCCUCCUCGCUGGAGCUGCAGCUCACCGAGAGGAGCUUCAAAGUCUACCACGAGUGCUUCGGCAAGUGCAAAGGCUUGCUGGUGCCGGAGCUGUACGGCAGCCCCAACGCGGCGUGCAUCCAGUGCAUGGACUGCAGACUCAUGUACCCGACGCACAAGUUCGUGGUGCACAGCCACAAGGCGCAGGAGAACCGGACCUGCCACUGGGGCUUCGACUCGGCCAACUGGCGGGCGUACCUCCUCCUGGGCCAGGAUUACUCGGGCAAAGAGGAGCGGGCUCGCCUGGAGCGGCUCCUGGACGAGGUCAAGGAGAAAUUCGACUUCGCCAACAAGUACAAGAGGAAAGCGUCAUCCAGGGCCUCGGAUCCCGUCCCGAUCAAAAAGUCCAAGUACGAUGACUUCCCGUCGCAACCCCCGCCGCCCGCGGACAAAGAGAAGCAGCACGACUGGCUCCAGUCCCUCUGCGCCUCCAAUAAGGGUCUCAGCUGCAGUCAGCCCCGACAGAGACCCUCGGCCUUCAGACCCUGGUCCCCUCACGUCUCCGCCGACAAGGACAGCCACCCGCUGGCCCUGCUGAGAGACAGCUUCUACAACUACAAGAGUCUGGAGAAAGCGAUGGCGCCCAAUGCGGCGGCGGCGUCGCCGGCCCCGGGGAAGGCGUCCCCGUCGGCACCCGGCACCUCCCACCCGAGUGUCGGGGGGGACCCCCCGGGGGGCGAGGGCGCCGACUGCCGGCCGCCGCCUCGCAAAAGGAAAGCCACGGGGGAGCUCCGGUCCCCCCCGCCAGAGACCCCCCGCUGCCCUCCUCCGCCCUCGGCCGCCGCUAAACCGCCGCCGGCGCCGCAGGACGACGGCGACUCCGAGGUGGACAUCGAAGUGGAGAGCCGCGACGAAUUCACGUCGUCUCUGUCCUCCCUGUCGUCGCCGUCCUUCACCUCCUCCAGCAGCUCGGCCAAGGACCUGAGCUCGCCCGGCGGCGUCCACGGGCCCGCCGCCGCGUCGGUAGAGGGCGCCGCCACGCCCGCCGUAGCCGCUGCCGCCGCCACCGCCGCGCCCUUCCCGGCCACGCCCGCCCCUUCGGAGCCGGGCCUGGAGGCGGAGCUGGAGAGCCUGAGGCAGGCGCUGGACGGCGGCCUGGACUCCAAAGAGUCGAAGGAGAAGUUCCUGCACGAGAUCGUGAAGAUGAGGGUGAAGCAGGAGGAGAAGCUGGGAUCGGCCCUGCAGGCCAAACGCAGCCUCCAGCAGGAGCUGGAGUUCCUGCGCGUGGCCAAGAAGGAGAAGCUGCGCGAGGCGACGGAGGCGAAGCGGAACCUGAGGAAGGAGAUCGAGCGUCUCCGGGUGGAGAGCGAGAAGAAGAUGAAGGAGGCCAACGAGUCGCGGCUCCGCCUGAAGCGCGAGCUGGAGCAGGCCCGGCAGCUCCGGGUCUGCGACAAGGGCUGCGAGGCCGGGAGGCUGCGCGCCAAGUACUCGGCUCAGAUCGAGGACCUUCAGAUGAAGCUGCAGCUCGCCGAGUCGGACCGCGAGCAGCUCCGAGCCGACCUGCUGCUGGAGAGCGAGGCCCGGGAGCACCUGGAGAGGGUGGUGAAGGAGCUGCAGCACCAGCUGUGGCCCAAAAAGGAGGGGGCGCCGCCACUGGCGCCGCCGCAGGGGGUGGGCGUCGCCACAGGGGGCGCCGCAAGUCACGGCGAAGGACGACUGAAUCCAGAAAAAAUUCCCGACCGCGCCACCUGACUCCGCCCCCUUUUCCCCGCCCCCCUCCCUUAACUUCCUCCGCACGUACACACGCCCAGGUCGGUGACAUCACACGACCGCCUCGCUCGCCCUCCGGAACGCCAACGGCGAGAAAGACUCUCGAUCAGAGACGGAGAGAAGGAAGUCGUAAGGAGCCGCGUCGUAAUCCAGAACCGCGAGGAAGUCACGUGACCCCCCCGUUUCACCCUCGGGGAGAAAAAUGGUGUUUCUAAAAAAAAAAAACACGGCGCUGACUCCGAAAGCACCGUCCAAACUCACGGAGCACGAAAACGCCAAUGAGGAGAGAGAAAAAAGCAGCGCAGGCGAGAAAAAUGAGGUCGAGACUUCCAAUGAAUGAGUGUGAGUGUGUGUGUCUAUGUGUGUGUGUGUGUGUGCUUGUUAUACUUAUGGUAAUACACGCUGAGAGAUGAUCACACGAUUGGAGUUCUACCAGGAGGGGGCGGAGCCUCUCGCACCGACUCGUGCCGAGGACGACGGAGGCUUUUUUUGAAGACAUUCUAUCAGCUAUUUAAUAGACUAUACGGCGUAACAAGUGUGAAGACGAGGAGGAGGAAGAAAGAGGACGCUUUCUUUGCAUCUCUGUGCUCUUUGGAAGUUUAAAGAAAUAUAAAUAUGAUAAGAAAUUCAUCGGAAGAUUAACAACAACAACAAGAAAAGUGAAGUUCCCCACGCUGCCACCGGGGGGAGGGUUUUGUCGUGGUUCCACUGAGGAUGGAAAAACAGCUUUUUUUUCUCUUCCCAUUUGUUUUUAUAUAAAAUCAUUUAUUUCUCCGAGCGCUGAUGUCCCCCCCCCCCCCCGCGUCGAGAAUUGGAAGAAAAACAAAACGUGUCGUGUUUUAAAGAGCACUUGUUUUUAUACACACACCAAUAUCCGACAGAUUGCUCCCAACAAUAACUCGAACACACUGGUUGCCGUUUGAUAUUUUUAAGGGUCAAAACCCUAGAAGUGUGUAUCUUGUAAAGAUGAAAUACUCCAGAUGUCAUGAGAGGGGGCGGGGCUUGUUUUCUGGUCUCGAGCGACGAAGGCCGGCGUGUUUCUUUUCUUUCUUUUUUGUCGCUCCAUCCGAGACAUCCGACGCCAUCACCUACGAUGUCAUAGUGGGCCCGGGGGGGCGCCCUCGGCAACACAACCACAUUUUUUAAAAAUUAAAUUAAGGUAUGUAAAUAUAAAUGUACGUUGUUGUUUUGUUUCAUUUUUUUUUUUCCGACUUUACAAUAAUGAAUCGCACUUUGUCAUAACGAGAUACUGUUAUACCGCAUUGUACUCCCCACUAUUGUCUCCCUUCUUUUCCUUUGAGAACAUCCUUGUAUACAUGACUGCUAUACCAUAUAACAAAAAAAAUCCAGUAAGCAUUUUGUUGAUUAUAUGCAUCUCUCGAAUAAAUACUAUUGUUCUAUUUUUUUUUUCUCCUUAAAAGGCAAAAGUCUUGUAAAUAAACGGAAAGAACAAAGAGGCUCUGCCUGUUGCUUGUUGAUGCAUUCUGGGAUUUAUUGGAAAGUUUUUCUCUCCCGCUUUAAAUUUUGUUUAUAAUUGACACAAACGUCGCCCGGUUAAGACUCCCCGAAAACAAUUUGACAAAAUUAUAAUAAAUAAUUAAAAAGCAUGCAAACUUUUUUUAUCGGAAACCUAAAAAAAAUACAAAAAAGUCACAUUUCGGAAGAAUAAAAUCUGAUUUUAUUCCAAAAGGCGUCACACAAGUGGGUACAAUGCAAUCAGAAUGUACAUUGUGUUUUUUUUAAAUGCUACAUUUCCUUUAUUUUUUGGGAGUUGUUGAUGUUUUUAAAAACGUGGAGAUAUUUUAUUGCUUGUCUUGUUAUGUUGACUUUUUUUUUUCUUCUUUAUUUUAUAAAUUGAAAACUCAUUUUCUUUAUGCAUGAAAAUUUGAGUUUGCCAUACUUAAAGAGUCAGUUAUUGGGCAUUGAUGCUGUACAUGUAAAAGGUUUUUUAUUGUGUUAUGCAAUUUAAAAAGCAAUUUGUCUUAUUUAGAAGAGGAACAAGGGUAAUAAUAAAAAAUAAAAAAACAUAUUAUAUUGCUCUUACGAAAAAAAAGAACUUCACACUAAGAAGAACAAUAAAGUUGAUGCAAUGCUGGACAACCUCAAGUGCCUGGAUGUGGGCCAAAGGUUUCCAGAGUAGGAAAACUGAUGACUAAGCUGUCAGGGCUGGGCCUCUCAUCAACUUCCUGUUUGCAGGUUUUCAAAUUAAAAGCCCCCUUCCCCUUCGCUCAGCAGCUCUUUUUUUAAUCAGUAUUCUUAAAAACCGACCAGUUUACAAACGUCGUGCAGAGAAGAGUCGAACAAAAACGCUACACGCUUGAGACGUGUCGAGUGCUGUAUUGUCCUCAUUUGAAAUAUCAAUGAUAUGCAUGUUCAAAAACAAUUUUUUUAAAGAAGAUCUCGAAAAAAAGCCACUUGCUUCAGGCGAAUUGUUACUUUUGGGUUGUAUAUAAAGACCGUGGAGGAUAAUAAAGAGGGCAUUACUUUAAAAAAGCCCUUUUCUUACAUAACAUUAUCGACACUGAAUAAAAUUGGUACAUUUUGUAGUUGUUUUUACACUCAAAAGAGUCGACGGUAGUUUACUUUACUCGCGGUUUUCUACAAAAGACGGGAGGCGACAACGACAUUGGCUCUUCGCUCUCCCAGCGCAAAAAAAAAAGGUUAAAAAAAAUUAGUUUAACGGCGUCUUGUUGAACCAUUUUGCUAAAUGAUGGACGGUAAAGCAGCAAUAACAGUCCAUAAUUAAUAGACGCAUAACUAGCCAGUGUGAAGAUUUGAAUAAGAAUUUACAAAAUGUAAAUAUUUUUCAUUUACAAUAUUGUAUAAUAUAUGUACAUUGUGUUUUAUCUUUUUUUUCUUUUUUAAAUGAAAUCUUUUCUUACAAUAACUGUUUAUUCUUUUUUUUCUUCUUUGUGUUUGAACUCAACAGCAGUGCGUAAGAGAAUAUUCCCUUCAUAAAACAUUUAAAUACAUUUCUUUUUUUCUUUUUUUUACUGUAGUCUUUAUAUUGAAUGACUUUUUUUCACCAGUUCAUAUCUAUAUUUUUAACCGUAUGUUCAGUAUCAGAUAGCAGGCCUAGCGUAUGGGUCACACACACACACACACACACACACAGAUUGUUUCCUCCUCAUCCUCAUGUAUACUUUUAGCCCUGUGCUGCUGCUAAUACUACAUCAACCUUACAAUUCUAGAACUAUUUUUAUGUAAGAGGUAAAUGCUCUCCCAUUCAUUAAUGCCACAUAUACAGUAUGAAAAACAAAAAAACGCUUAGCUUCUUCAUCCAUCCUCCUCGUUUCCCCUCAUCUUUUCACGCCUUUUUUUUCCUCAUCCCUCCUUCAGCAAAACCCUUCCUCUUCUCUCACGACACGGACUAUAUUGUAAAGUAAAGGACUUUAUGAGAUUAUGUUUGAAAAUAGCUAUGCUUAUAUACUACAGUGACUGAAUGUACAGUGUAUAGAUGCAUUACCAGAAAUAAAGAUGUUUGUCCAGAU